AUGGGAUUUCAUCAGCUUAAUACUACAUGCACAUUGUAUAUUGAUCACGUUCAGAGUACAUGCUUUGGCAAUAUUAAAUUAUUGUGUUCACAUUCAAAUACUGACAAAUCAAAAUGUGUGGAAUCUGGGCAAUUUUCGGAAGUGACGAGGAUGUCUCUCACCAGUGUAGCAGCUGUCUGCAGAUUGCUCAUCGUGGACCUGAUGCUUUCCGCAUCGAAAACGUGAACCACUUCAAGAACUGCUGCUUUGGGUUUCAUCGUUUGGCAAUCGUUGACGAUCUAUAUGGAAUGCAGCCAAUGAGAGUCAGGAGUCUCCCGCAUCUUUGGUUGUGCUACAAUGGAGAAAUCUACAACUACAAAACUACACAGAAGCAGUUUGACUUCAAGUAUUUAACUGAGUGUGAUGGAGAAUCAAUCUUACAUCUCUACAACAGAGGUGGAAUUGAAUUUGCUGCCAAACAUCUUGAUGGAGUGUUUGCCUUUAUUCUCCUUGAUGUCAAAGAGCGUAAGGUGUUCAUUGGUCGAGAUACAUUUGGUGUAAGGCCAUGUUUCCGUCUCCUCACUGAUGAUGGAUUCCUUGCUGUUUGUUCAGAAGCUAAAGGCCUCAUGGGUCUUUCCCAUAGUCUGACUGAUCACUCUGCAGAUAUAGUGCCAUUCCCACCAGGUCAUUAUGAAACCUACGAUUUGGCUCCCUCAGGAAAGGUGACAUUUAAUGAGCGGGGACGAUUUCAUAAAAUUGGUGAUGCUCCUAUGUACAAGACACCUAUAGAGACACUUGAUGAUAAUGAUAUAUUUAAGAACAUCAGAGACACGCUGACAUCUGCAGUUAAGAAACGUCUCAUGUCCCAGAGAAGGAUAGGCUGCAUGUUAUCAGGUGGACUUGACUCCAGUCUGGUGUCUGCACUGGUGUGUAAGCUUCUAAAGGAGGAGGGAAGAGACUACCCUCUACAAACAUUUUCCACUGGCAUGGAGGGAAGUCCAGAUCUACUGGCAGCAAAAAAGGUAGCAGAAAGUAUUGGUAGUGAACAUCAUGAGAUUAUAUUCACACCUGAAGAGGGAAUCUCUGUCUUAGAUGAGCUUAUAUUCCAUCUGGAGAGCUAUGAUAUAACAACUAUAAGAGCUUCAGUUGGUAUGUACCUGAUCAGCAAAUACAUCACCAAGGAGACCGACUCUGUUGUUAUUUUCUCUGGGGAAGGAGCUGAUGAAGUUGCUCAGGGUUACGUCUACUUCCAUAAGUCCCCUAGUCCAGAAGAGGCAGAUGAGGAAAGUCAUAGACUGUGUAAUGAUCUCUAUAUGUUUGAUGUGCUUCGGGCUGAUAGAACUACUUCAGCUCAUGGGCUUGAGUUAAGAGUGCCAUUCUUAGACCACAAAUUCGUCAAUACGUUUAUGUCGCUACCAGCUGAUGUUAGAAGACCAAAGGACGGGGUUGAGAAAUUCCUUAUACGUAAAGCAUUCUCCACAAUGAAUCUCCUCCCAGAAGAAAUCCUCUGGAGACCUAAAGAGGCUUUCAGUGAUGGAGUCUCCUCCCAUAAGAAGUCUUGGUAUGAAGUCCUGCAGGAGCAUAUUGAAGAGCAGGUAAAUGAUGAUCAGCUGGAACUUGCACCCAAAGUAUUCCCAUUUAAUCCGCCAAGGACCAAAGAAGCCUACUAUUAUCGCCAGAUCUUUGAGAAGCAUUUUCCGGGAAAGGCAUCUUGGGUGCCAUAUUACUGGAUGCCUCGUUGGAGUGACGCUACAGACCCCUCAGCCAGGACAUUGAAACAUUAUAAAGCUUAA